AAGUAAAAUAAACACAUUACAAUUGUACAAAUCUGAAUUUCUGCUUUUCUUUUUUCCUUUUUUUCUCUCUCUCUCUCUUUUUUAACAGAAAAAAAAAAGAAAAGAAACGAAACGAAAAAGAAUGACUCCUAGUCCACUCCAUAUCAAAUUAGAAAUUGUACUAGACAAUGGCAAUAAAUCAUUAAAAUAUUUUCCAAGUGAUCGAAUUGAAGGAAAAAUUUUCCUUACUGCAAAUCGAAACUACAGUUUACGAAACUUUCGAUUAGUAUGGACGGGUCGUAUUCAAGUUCAACCAAUUCAAUCCAAUAAAGAAUUUUACACUUAUUUUAAAGAAUCUUGGAAACUCAGUCCUAAUUUAAAAAAAUCACCAACAAAAGUACAAAAAGGAUCUACUCAGGUACCUUUUUAUUUUACAAAUCUCAUUUUAGCUAGUGAGCAACAAGUGCAAGAACCGAACGUGGAAUUGCAAAAGAAUAAACCACUUGGUUUAACCUUUGUAGUUCAUGUACCCAAUGACCGUCCUUUACCGAGUUGCACAGAAAUAGGUGUUCUAUCACCUAAUCGAAUUGUUUAUUUAUUAGAGGCUUAUGUUCACGAAUCACAGUCUAAAUUUUUUACUCAGAAAACUGUACCUGUUUUUGAACCCAUCUAUACCCGAAUCCCCGAAAUGGCAAUACCUCAAAGAGUUGAACAAGUAUUUAUGGUUUCUUUAUCUUCAGAUGAAAAAAAAGAAUUUACCUCAGCUAUGCGCGUUACUUUACCAUAUCAAGGCUCACAACCGGGAACCACUAUUCCAGUCUCUAUAUUCAUUUGGAAUAACAUGGAAUUUACAAGGAAACAAGGCAUUUCUAUUUCUUUAUUUAGAAUCAAUCAAGUUAUUGCUAACGGGAGAGCCUAUACAUCACAGGGCGAAAAAAUUCACCGUGUUGUAACUGAUUUAAAUAUAAAGUCAGAACAUAAUGAUCAAAAAGUGCAAACAGUAAGAAUUGGAAUACCUAUUCCAAAAGUAUUUGCUCAAGAAGGCAUUUAUACAACUUCAGAAGGUAAAAAAUCACAAUUCAUGAUGAUUGAUUUACCUUUCGUUAUUGGUACUUUAUCGACACCCACCUCUUCUUCUUCUUCUCCUUCUACAAUGUCUAUUCAUUCACCUAAAUCACUUUCAAGCAAUAUCAUUUCAUCACCACCUAUGUCCCCUUUAUUAUUGCCUGAGCAAGUCAAUAAUCAAACAUCAUUUGAUAUGAAUAGCAAGCGAAGAGGCAAUAAUACGACGUCUACAUUAAUAGAAGAAUCGUUUAACAGAAGUUCUAUUAGUAGCAUAUUUAGAAAAUCAUCUACUAGUAGUAACAGUACAUCCUCUGAUACAUCUAAUAGUAAAAAGAAGAAAAACAUAUUUUCAACGUUACGAUUGUAUCGCGGCACUAAAAACGUUUAUUCCCCACAACAACAACAACAACAACAACAACAACAACAACAACAACAGUCAUCAAUCUCUGCUCAACUUACGGUAGCACAAGCAACAGAUACAAACCAAAGUGUUAAAAUAUCACCUGCAGUUGUUAUGAUGCCUGCUAUAAAAAGCAAUAAAUUAGGACAGGAAUUAAUAGAGGAGGGUAUAUUUGAUAAGUUAACAAAUAAUGAUACCAAAUCAGAAGCAGACGAAAAAGAAGAAAAGGAUCAAUGUGAUAGAUUUCUCGAAAGGGAGAGUCAAAUCUCGAAUACAGUUAUGACUAGAAAAAAGCAAGAGCAACAAGCGAGAUUUAAUAUGUUUCCAGAUGAGGAUGAUGACGAAGAGGAAGAAGAAGUAAAUCAAGAUAAGUUUAGUGAUGAACAAGUGGCAGAAACAGAUAAUAAUGGAAACGAAUCAUCCAAUACGUUUAAUUUAUUUGAUGAUGAUGAUGAUGAUGAUGACGAUGAUGAUGAAAAAGAUCAAGUAGUUCAUUGUUUUACAGAACAAACAGCUGACUUUGUUGUUGAUGAAAGAGUUAAACCGCAUCAUGAGCAAAGCAUAAUAAAUGACAGUAAUAGCCAGAGUGAUAACAGUUAUAAUUUAUUGGGUGAUUUAGUAAGAAAAAAAAAAUUGGCUAUCAAAUCAAAAUAAAUUUCUUGAUAAAUCAAAGGAUAUUUUGAAAAUAUACUUUUAUGUUCCUCUCUUUGUUUAUUUAUUUCGAUAAAGAGCGACCUUACUAUCCAUACAUCUAUCAAAAGUCAAUCAGUAAGUUUAAGUUAGAAGUUAGAAAAUAUUAUUAUUAUUUUAUUUUAUUUUUUAUCAUUGUUUCUUUAUCAAAAUAAAUAUCCAAAGUCCACAUAUAAAUCUUUGAAUUAGCUUCGUCUUGUCAUGCGUCUAUCAGAAAUGUCU